AUGUUUUCAUUUGAAGAUAUCUACUCUGCUGCUGAUCGUAUCAAGAAUGUCAUCCAUGUGACACCAGUGAUGACAUCCAGUUACAUUGAUAGCUUGUGUGACAUGAAAGUUUAUUUCAAAUGUGAACAUCUCCAGAAGACUGGUUCAUUCAAAGCACGUGGAGCAUUGAAUGCUAUAAAGAUUAUUGUCAGUGAUCCGGAAAAUAAAUCCUCAUCUGUGAUUACUCAUAGCAGUGGUAAUUUUGGGCAAGCAUUAGCUUGGGCAGCUAAAAUUCAUAAUAUUCCGUGUGUAGUUGUAGCACCAAAUAAUGCACCAAUAUCAAAACUUAAUGCUAUGAGAGAUUAUGGAGCAAAUGUUGUACUAUGUGAACCAAAAGAUAGAGAAAUGGUAUGCAACAAUCUUCGUGAUACCGGAUUGCAUACUGAAAUGGUUGAUCCGUUUGAUGAUUACAGAGUGAUGGCUGGACAGGGAACAAUAGCGAUAGAAUUCCUGGAGCAAAUUCCUGAUUUAGAUGCUUUAUUAGUAGCAGUUGGUGGUGGUGGUUUAUGUUCCGGUAUAGUUAUAGCUGCUAAAAAAAUUAAACCAACUAUCAAAGUAUAUUGUGUGGAACCGGAAGGAAAAAACUUGCAGCAUUCAUUGGAUUCCAGUGUAAGAUCAUGGGAUCCGGAUGCAGGUCCCGUAAAAACAAUUGCGGAUGGAAUUCGAGUUUUACGGAUUGGUAAAAAAUGCUUCCCACCUAUUUUUGAAAAAUGUGAAAGGAAAGUUCUUACUGUGAAUGAUAAUGAAAUUAUUCAAGCAAUGAAAUUAAUUUAUAGUAGAAUGAAGCAAGCAAUCGAGCCUACAGGCGCAGUUUCACUGGCGGCAUUAAUCAAAUAUAAGAAUGAAUUAAGUGAUCAAAAUCUAAAAAAUAUAGGUGUCAUAUUUUGUGGUGGUAAUAUUGAUCUACAAAGAUUAUCAUCUUUUUUCUAA